CCCAGAGCGCGCGGCUAGCAGGGCCAGGCCAUGGCGGCGGUGCCGGCGACGUGCGGCUCGCAGGGGGCCCCGCCGGUGACAGGAGCCGCAACAGCGCCCGCCCCUGCGGCCGGCCUGGGCCGCUGCCGCAUGGCGCUGCUGCUGGCCGUGGCGCUGGACGUGGCGGGCAUGGCGGCGCUGUUGACCGGCGUAUUCGCGCAACUGCAGGUGCGCGGCCGCGACUUCGGCGACCUACUCAUCUACUCGGGCGCGCUGCUCGUCUUCCUGAGCCUGCUCGGCUGGAUCCUCUGGUACACCGGCAACAUCGAGAUCUCGCGCCAGGAGCUCGAGCGCGACUACGGCCUGCGGCCCUCGGCACUCGCCCGCCUGGCGCGCAAGCUGUCCCGCCGCUGGUCGGCGCCCGCCGCCGGUCCGCGCGCAGCGCCCGGCUCCCUCGGAGCGCGCCGAGCCGCCCGCGCGCCCGGGCCUCCCGCCGCCGGCGCCCGCCGCGUGCGCCUGCAGCUCGCCACGCUCGAGGCCGGGCCGGGGGCUGCAGGCAGUGGCAACGAGUGAGCCCCAGAUGAUCUCACCAGUCAGGACACGACUGCGAAGUGCAGCUGCCCCUCCACCGGCCGACCACCAGUGCACCCAUCUGCCCCCAGUGUCCUCACUUGGAUAAACAGCUCUACCUUACAA